CUGUAUCCUGAUGCACAUUGUAUUGCCACAUUUUUGCCAAUGCCCAUCCCUACUGCAGAUGUGACAUACGCUUGAUAGUGUUUUAUGCCCCCAACGUCGUCUUCCAGGCAGCGCUGCCACCGCUGACUUAAAGGCACCUAAUCCUAAACCUAACCCCAACCCUAACCCUAACCUUAACCCAUGCUAAACCCUAGUGCCUUCCAGACAACGUUGGGGGCAUAAAACACCAAGAAACCUGACAUACUGUGCCAAUGCCCAUUCCUACUGGAGAUGUGACAUACCGUGCCAAUGCCCAUCCCCAUCCCUACUGGAGAUGUGACAUACCGUGCCAAUGCCCAUCCCUACUGGAGAUGUGACAUACCGUGCCAAUGCCCAUCCCUACUGGAGAUGUGACAUACAGUGCCCAUGCCCAUCCCUACUGGAGAUGUGACAUACAGUGCACAGUGUCCUGUCCUCUGAGGGGGACGUUUGAGCAGGCCGAAACUGUCAGUGCAGGCGAAAUGGUCGGCCAUCUGUCCAGCAAGUGACUCAGCGGUAUGCACAGAUUCAGACAUUGACCCAUAGCACUGACCGCUGGUGAGGUGUUACACACCUCUGUGAUCCAUUAACUUUAGCUUAUCAAAGAAACAUGGACUUGCACUAGAGAAAAAGCAAAAAUGCACUGACACCAGGAAUGCCAAUAGACAAAACGUACGGCCAUCCAUCUGCACAGUGACAUGGAAUAAAAAGAAUUCAUACCAUUUAAAGUAUCAUGUUUCAACCUCAGUACUGUCAAAAUGUCUUCUAGGAGCGCAUAUCAGUGUGCGGGUUGCCAUGCUCCCUUCCGGAGUUAUCCAUUAACCAAUUAACUGGGUCGACGUGAGUGUUCUAUCUUCUUCUGCGGAGACUAAUGGGGCUAAAAACAGGAAGCUUGGUCAAUGGCGGACUCCAGGCAAGCAGAAAAUGGAACUGAGUAAGCAUCUUGACAGAUUGUCCUGCCCCAUGGCUUCGCUGAAGACGUCAUCAUGUGCCCGUCUCUGCAAGCAAACAACCACCAGGGUGGAGUUCGACCUGCCGGAGUACUCAGUGAGGCGGCGCUACCAGGACUUUGACUGGUUACGGAUCAAGCUGGAGGAGACCCAGCCCACGCACCUCAUACCACCCCUGCCAGAGAAGUUUGUGAUGAAGGGCGUGGUGGACCGCUUCUCAGAGGAGUUUGUGGAGACGAGGCGGAAAGCGCUGGACAAGUUCCUCAAGAGGGUGGCAGACCACCCGGUGCUGUCCUUCAACGAACACUUCAACGUCUUUCUCUCUGCUAAGGACUUGAACGCGUAUAAGAAGCAGGGCUUGGCACUGCUUACAAAGAUGGGGGAGUCGGUGAAGUACGUGACAGGCGGCUACAAGCUGAGGGGCCGACCACUGGAGUUCGCCGCCAUGGGCGACUACCUGGACGUGUUCACGCAGAAGCUGGGCACCAUCGACAGGAUAGCACAGAGAAUCAUCAAAGAGCAAUCAGAGUACCUGGUGGAGCUGCGGGAGUAUGGUCCAGUGUACUCCAGCUGGGCGGGCUUCGAGGGUCCGCUCCAGGAGCCGCUGGAGGGCGUGGCGGGCUGCGUGGCCAACUGCGCCACCGCGCUGGACGAGCUGACCGAGGACAUGAGUGACGACUUCCUGCCCGUGCUCAGGGAGUACGUCCUCUACAUUGAGUCCAUGAAGACCGUCCUGAAGAAGCGAGACCACGUGCAAGCGGAGUACGAGGCCAAGCUGGAGGCCGUGGCGUUCCGGAAAGAGGAGAGGACAGCGGUAGGUCCGCAGCAGCCCCCGACGGACGUGGAGAAGUGCCAGGACCGUGUGGAGUGCUUCAACGCCGACCUCAAGGCCGACUGGGACCGCUGGCAGAACAACAAGAGACAGGACUUCAGGCAGCUGCUCACUGGCAUGGCCGACAGAAACAUCCAGUACUACGAGAAGUGCCUUGCGGCUUGGGAGUCCAUCGUCCCGUUGUUACAAGACAGACCGGGAAGCACCAAGACGGAAACGAGCUGAGGCGACGCCUCCGUCGCAAACAUGCUCCGCCUCUCAACGCCCCACCCCACAGCCCAAUGGUGUCGCUCGGAGCGGUCACAUGGCCUGCGUGGGAUCGCCUCCUGAUUGGUUGGGGUCUUCCCUUUCAACGAGGUGUGGGGAGGGGGUUCACAGACUUGAUGAUAAAGACUGCAAGUAUUAUUAUGGAGAUGAUGGUUUGUUUUUCUUUGCCCCUGCCCCAUCCCUCUCCCUUCGUGUGCGUGUAUGUGUGUGAUGUCCUCCACCGAAGACGCUGCCCGUGCGGUUCAGCGCGUGGUCGAACAGCUCGCUCUCAUUCUGUACAGCAAACGCCACACCAUGCCACAAGCACACCAUGUCGGCCACAGGCCCCCGAGCCCAAAGGAUUGUGGGAUUGAUGGAGUUUGGGGGUGGAGGGUGAUGAAGGGGCAUCAUGGAAGCUAACAUGUACGUUUUUUUGUUUUGUUUUGUUUUGUGUUUGUAAGAGAGAAAGAGAGACUUAAGAGAUCAUUUGUCAUUUUUAGGCAAAUGGUUGCCAAUACUUUUAUAACUUAAGCUCAUUUUUUUCCAAUACUGUAUCUGGUGGGAGACAAUUUUGUUGUUGUUAUUCUUUUUUAUAUGUGUUUCUUGUUUUGUGUGUGUGUUUUGUUUUGGUUCGGUUCUACCUUCAAUACAAGGAAAGACUGUUGAAAGUCUGCCCAGAGUUUGUACUGGCCAAAGAUGAAGACGGAUCCACAAGUCUGGUACUGAAGUCUUAAAAGCUCCACUAGAAAAAGCCUGGCGGUAGUCGAGUACUAAGACAGCGGUCAGCCAUGUUGAUUUCACCCUCAGCUCCCCUUAUUCUGGACCCUGCUCUGUUAACGUCAGCAUCUUUAUGAAGGUUGCUGCCUCUCCCCUUGCCCCCUACCCCCCUGAAUAUUUAUCUGUAACGCCCCCCCCCCCAAGUGACUGCUAGCUCAAUGAUGAAGGACGCGGUGUGUAGGACUUCAAAAGCGAACGAAUGGGACGUCUCUACCUGACCAUCCAUGCCAAGCUUCAUAGUGAGCUCAGGUGUCGCGUGAAAGGAUUACCGGUUGGUCGUCAGGGCAAGUUUCGGUCACCUUGUGGUCAUCCGCAGGGUUGCCGAGGAGAUGCACAUUUUUGUUUUUGUCUUUUUUGUUUUGGUUGUUCCCCAUGAAGUUGCUGCAGUUGCAGAAUUGAAGGAACUGUUACCCUGUAUGCCCUGUUGUUCAUCCUGCUGAAGACUCCUCCUUAUUAUAUAUUUGUAUUAAGCCAAGUAACCUGCUCAUGUAAAAUGUGUGGAAAUGUG